AUUAUUCAAUUAUCUUUUUUAAAAAUUUUAACAAGUAUUUUUUAUAUAUUUACAGUUUUGUUUUGCGUUUCUAGAAACUCUCUCUUUUUUUUUUGAGUUUUAUUAGAAUUAAAUAUGCUAUUUUUUAUUAUUUUAAAUAAUAAUUUGAGGGUGUUUAUGGUUAACUCUUUAAUAAGUUAUUUUAUUUUACAAAGAUUAACUAGAAAUUUUAUUUUAAUAGGUUUUGUUUGUUUUCAGAUUAAUAAAAUAUGAAUAUUUGAGUAUGAGGUUUUGAUUUUUUUAUGUUUUUGGUUAAAAUUAGGGUUUUUUCCUUUUCAUUCUUGAUAUUAUCAAAUUAGAGAAAAUAUAUGUUGAGAUAUAUGGUUUUUAUUAAACACUUUUCAGAAAUUGGUUAUUAUUUGAGGGUUGUCUUUUUAUAUGUUGAAGAUUUUUUUUUUACAAUUAAUAAUUAUAUUGAAUGCUUUUUAUUCUUUAUUUGAGGUGAUUAAUCAAAAUUCUUUACGUUGGAUGAUUAAUAGGUCUUCUUUAAAUCAUUAUAGAUGAGUGCUUAUUAGUAUAACGUAUAUUGGUAUAAUUUGAGAAAUUUAUUGGUUGUAUUAUUUAUUUAUAAGAAUUGUUUUGUUAUUUUUAAUAAAAAUAAAGAAUUUAAAUAGAUUGUUUACUUUAAGAGUAGGGGGAUCAUUAAUUUUUAAAUUAUUAGUUUUUAUUGUAAUAAUAAGAUUCUUAGGUGUUCCUCCUUUGGCUGGUUUUUUGCCAAAGUUUUUAGUUUUAUUGAGAGUAAAUAAUAUUUUUGUCUUAAUAUUAUUAUUAAUAGUAAGUUUAUUUAGAGGGUUUAUAUAUUUAGUUUAUAGAUUUUCUAUAAUUUAUAAUUUUUGUUUAAGAAAGAUUAUUAAUGAGAAAAAUUGAUUUAUAUAUAUGUUUAUAAUUAGGUUUACUUUUUUAGUUAAUUUUAUAGGGUUUUUUUAA